AUGGAGUGUUGGGAGUCUCGUAGUGGGCACAGAAAGCAAGGUGGUUGCCUACAGAGAAUUUGGUAUUUCAGAUUACAAUUCCUUAGUAUUUCGUCACUUUGUUUGUUUGCUUAUGAUUUUGUUUUGGAAAUGAGUGUGUUUGGUUUUUAUGAAGCUAGAUCAGGGAUAUGGUAUAUAGCUGGGACAAUGAUUCAAAAAAUAUUAGAAGUGAUGAUAUGCAGUAAUGGAUGUUUUAAUAGAUUGAUCGUUUUGCUUUCCUUUUAUUUUCGUUUCUCUGAUGGCCAUGAGCUAUCAAUCUGGUCUGAAAUGUUUUGUCAAGGAAGAACACGGACGGAACAUGGUAACAGAUUUUUGAGCUUUGGUUGCCAAUUUAUUUUGGUUGUACCGGUGGAGAAUGGUUCUAUUUUAGUGGGAUGGAAGCAUCUUUCACAACUUGAUAUGUGUUGUGCUGGAUGGUAUUUUCUUUUGGUGGAUUACGUGAUUUCAAGACCUUGUAUUAAGGGAUGGUGGUCUCGAUAUUUUCUCUAUGAAUUUGAUUACCUACUUUUCACUUUUGGACUUCAAUUAAAUUUCAUUGUUGUAACAGGACCAAUUUUUUCUGUGGUUUUCAUUUCAUCGACCCUGAAUGAUAAGUGUAAAAAAAUACAGAGUAAAAAAAAACAGAGUUAUGGCGGCUUCGGAUCAGUCUAG